CUCCGUGUUGUAGGCCUAGGCCCAAGGUCAGAAAAGUUUUGGAACAAUUUUGGAAGGUCUAUAGUCAUGAAUCUACAAUAAAAUCAUAAACUAACAAAAAACCAUGGGGUCAAAGUCAUCUACACUUCUUCAGGAAGAAGACAUCAGUGAUAUUCAACAAGAAACUGGAUUUUCUCACAACCAAAUAAUCCGCCUCUACAGUCGCUUCACCAGUCUCGAUAAAGGAGGAACAGGUACAUUAAGUCGGGAAGAUUUCCUUAGGAUUCCAGAGCUUGCCAUUAACCCUUUAGGGGACAGAAUUGUCCAUGCCUUCUUUGAUCAUCAAAGCUCAGAUGAUGAUGUCAACUUCCGACAAUUUAUGCGAACUUUGGCGAGAUUCCGCCCUCAGAAAAAUAAAGAGAAGAAAGACACAGAAAGAGUACAUCUAAACUCACGAGAAGAGAAACUCAGAUUUGCAUUCAAGAUGUAUGACUUGGAUGAAGAUGACAAGAUUAGUAGGGAGGAACUGUUAGCAGUGCUACAUAUGAUGGUUGGUGCAAACAUCUCAGAGGAACAGCUUGGUAGUAUAGCAGACAGGACACUGUCAGAGGCAGACAAAGAUGGGGACAGCAAGAUAUCAUUCCAAGAAUUCCAAGAGGCAAUGGAGAGAGUUGAUGUGGAGCAAAAGAUGAGUAUUCGCUUCCUCAACUGAUACUGCGACAAUGGAAGUGCAAAUAUGACAUUCUUUUGCAGUAGCUUUAACAAAGGACAUGUUUAACAUUUGAAGUAUAACAACAUAUUUACUGUAGCCAUGACUAUUCUAGCACUUGUUUUACCCUUUCACGACUAUAGGCUCCAUAUGGAGCCCUAUUAUGUUAUACCUUUCAGGACGAUAUGUUCCUUUCGGCACCACUAUUUUGAUUUUCAUAUAUCAAUGAAAUGACAAUAUCUCCAGAUCUAUUCAGUAUUUUUACAUCAAAUGUUAUAAUGCUUAUUGAAAAUUGUAUUUUAGUGAUAA